AUGAUUGACAUCAACCACCCGCCUUCUGCUCUCUAUGACUCGACGUCACAGGAUUCCUCUCAAGCCCCUGCGACUCCCGCGGCGAGCAACGGCUCCAAACCUGUCGCCUCCCACGGCGUCAACAUGUUUUUCGUUCGCGAUGACGUCGCAGACGCGUCGCACGGUUUCGCCACCGCGACAGCCGCUCGCACACACCCUGCCGCCGUCCCUGCUUAUGCCAUUUCUGGCCCACGGUCCCCCGCUCCUAGGUCCUCUCUCCCCCACAGCCUUCGUCAUAAGGCCGUUAGCCGGAUGUCAGUACCGGAUGUGAACAAAGAGUCGAUCGUCGUGAAUGCAUCGAAAUCGCAUGACUCGCACAGACAUCAGCACCAACAGGAUCGUCAUCAGCAGCAGAUGCAGCCGCUUUAUCAGCAGAAGGACGCCCGGAAACCAGUUUACGUGCCUGAGAUGAUGCGAGAGGAGGUGACUGACGGCGACGAAUUGCCCGACCGUUGGGACUCGUGCGAAGGGGACGAUGCGGCUGCGACGCAGAGUAAUGGAAUCGCGAAGACCUGCGCGCACUGUGGCACAUCGAAAACGCCCCUGUGGAGAAAUGGGCCUCCCGGACCCAAGUCACUGUGCAAUGCAUGCGGCAUUCGAUUCAACAAGAUCCGCAGUGGAAAGCGCAAGGCAUCCCCCCAGGAAGCAGCAAUGCUGCGAGAAUACGACUCCGCCGACCCGGCCUUCUCCAAGCCUCUGCCUCAAUCGCCGGUACACAAAGCGCGCUCCCGGCUUCCACGCCCUCGUGCUGGUCUCUUCGUUUACGCGCCGUCGUCAUGCUGUGAAGGCCUUCCAUCUGCUGCCACCAGCAGCAACAGUGACUGCGGCAGCCCAGUAGGAGAAGGGCCAGAGGAGGGUGAAGUGUGCGAUGAGCCGAUGCAUGUUGGGAAGAAAGUUUGUCUGCGGCACGAGGAGCAGCAGCUUGGGAAUAAAGUGGAUGAAGACGAUGUGGUGCUUGGAGCCGAGCUCCUCGUCUCACUGUUUGGCAGCUGCCCAGUGUAA